ACUUCUGGGACACAGCCGGACAGGAGAGGUUCCAGAGUAUGCAUGCAUCCUAUUACCACAAGGCCCAUGCUUGUAUCAUGGUGUUUGAUGUGCAGAGGAAGGUCACCUACAAGAACCUGAAUAGCUGGUACAAGGAGCUGAGAGAGUUCCGCCCAGAGAUCCCCUGCAUUGUGGUGGCCAACAAAAUUGAUGCGGAUAUGAAAGUUACUCAGAAAAGCUUCAACUUUGCCCGGAAGUUCAAUCUGCCCUUCUAUUUUGUCUCAGCUGCAGAUGGCACCAACGUAGUGAAGCUCUUCAGUGAUGCUAUCAAACUGGCCGUUGCGUACAAACAGAAUUCAGGGGAUUUUAUGGAUGAGGUCAUGCGGGAGCUGGAGAACUUUGAGCUGCAGAAAAAGGGGGAGGACUCGGAAAAAGAGGAGAACUACCCCGAGGAGAAGCCCCCAUCCACCUGAACCCAGGCCUCAGACCAACCUUGUGCUGCUCCCUAUCGCCCCAGCUUCUUCAUGGUUAGUUAGAACCGUCACUCUCUGCCAGGGGAGAGCAGAUUUCUCAUGCACUGGCCAUGCUGGGAGCCUCUGGCUGGGACCAUCCCUCCCUAGAAGGGAGACUGUUUGGGCCUGAUCUUCCUGGCCUGGACCCUAUCCUCCUGAGCAUCCGGGACGCAGAAGGAACAGGAAUACAUGUGACUGCUGCCUGCCCCUGUGGGAGGGAAGGGGGGGGCAUUUGCUGGGUUGUUGGGCCACUGCCUGCCCUGCAGGGAAGGGUCCUGCCCAGCUGUCUAUUAGCAGAGCCCAGAUUGAGAAAAACAAUACUAAAGGAUUUUUUUACAAA